UUUUUUGAAAAGGAAUGAUUUUAAUCAAAUUAAUAUUAGUUAGCCAAAAUUGAGGCCAAUUAUUGUCAAACAUAAAAUUCGGUUUGCCAAAAAUGAAAGUGGCUCUAAUUGUUUGGUCCUGGUACACAUUGACUAAUUAAAGAAGAAGAAAAAACAACCAUACAAAACAACCGUACGUACAUAUUUGUCCAAACCUAGACAUCUCUCUAUAUAAACAUAUGAAAUUAAGACCUUUACAUACGUACCAUUCUUUCAUAUUCUCUCCAAAAGAAAAUAACAAAUAUAUAUCUAUACAAAAUGAUGAACUCGAUAUCGAUCUUCUGCUUUGUGACCUUUGUCUCUCUUGGUUUGAACCAAAUGGUUAAAGGAGAUUUGAUCUCUGACACGUGUGGCAAAGCUUUGUACAAAGAUCUUUGUGAGAAGACACUCCGAGCAGAUCCCAGUAGCAGUGGUGCCACCCUCGACGGCCUAGCCAAAAUCGCCCUCAACGCAGCAUCUUCAAGCGCCAAAACCACCGAGGGCCAGAUUGCAAGUCUACUCAAAACAACGAAAGAUAAGGAUGUGAUAGCUGCCUUAAAUGACUGCAAUGAAAAUUAUGAUAGCGCCAAUGAGCAACUGGGUGACUCACUCAAUGCCAUAGCUGCCAAAAACUACGCGGACAUUAACACUUGGGUAACAGCUGCCAUGACCGAUGGUGACUCUUGUGAAGGUGGGUUCAAGUCAGGCUCUUCUCCAUUGACACAAGCCAAUACCAACUUCGGACAUCUAUGCAGUAAUGUCUUGGCCAUAGCCAACCAACUUAAAUGAAUCAAGUCUAGUUUAUUAUUAUUAUUUGAUUUCUUGAUCAUAUUUCUUUUCUGUAUUUUAUUUUAAAAGGAAAAAUAAUUGCACAAAUAAAAAGUGUAAAGAUUUAGUUUUGUGAUUCAUAUAUAUUCAUAGAAUUCAUUCAUCCAUUAUAAAUGUAAUUUUACUCUAUCCAUAUUCAAAAUUAAUAAGAGAUCACAAUAUGAGUAUUUUUU